AUGCGCGUCAGCACCGUCCUCGCUAUCUCUUUGGCUACUGCCACCGCCUCUGCGGCACCAAUUUACGCCUCGUCCGCUGAGUUCGACGCCCGCGAUAUGGACGAACUGUCCGAGCGCGCUUACCUCGGCGUGCGUACUGGCAAGGCGGACUGGGCGCAAAUAGCCCAGACCGGCCGUGGUGUCGGCUCUCGCCCGAGGAGCGAUGGCAACACGGACAUGCGUACCUACCUUGGUACUCAGAACGGCCGGAUUCACUGGGCGCAAGGAGCCAAGGGCUAUGGUCAAGGUGCCCGCCCGCGGAGCGUCGACGAGUCAGAGCUGUCGGAACGUGCUUACCUCGGCGUUCACGACGGCCAGGUGCACUGGUCGCCGGCAGUCAAGACCGGCCAUGGUGUCGGGUCCCGCCCGCGGAGCGUCGACGAACUGUCCGAGCGUGCGUACCUCGGCGUCCAUGACGGCCAGGUGCACUGGUCGCCGGCUGUCAAGACCGGCCAUGGUGUCGGGUCCCGCCCGCGGAGCGUCGACGAGUCAGAGCUGUCGGAACGCGCCUACCUCGGUGUUCAUGACGGCCAGGUGCACUGGUCGCCGGCAGUCAAGACCGGCCAUGGUGUCGGGUCCCGCCCGCGGAGCGUCGACGGGUCAGAGCUGUCGGAACGUGCUUACCUCGGUGUUCAUGACGGCCAGGUGCACUGGUCGUCGGCAGUCAAGACCGGCCAUGGUGUCGGCGCCCGCCCGAGGAGCAUCGACGAAGACCAACUAUCCGAACGCGACGGCCAGGUGCACUGGACCCGUCACGUCCUCGGUGGCCACGGAGGCAAUCCGCGUCCGAGAGAGUUGUUCGACCGUGAAUUCUUCGAUUCGGUCGAUCUGGAUUGA